CAAAUUACCUUCCAGUACUUCAUUCGUAGCAAACGCACAGACUGGUAGACUCAACUUCGCCUUCUGUCAAGAAGAAUCUGACCAGCUUACCGAGACAAACGUUUCUUACCUCGUCAUCUGAAGCUAAGACGCCAUGGCGUUACCAGCAGAUGAAAAUCCGUACGAACAGAUCAAACGAUUCUUUCUAAGUGACGACAACUUGGAUGGCAAAGUCACCGCUGAGGAGCUCAUCAAGUUCGCGGAUAAAAUGGACGAGAACAUAUCCGAGGAAAAGAAGCAGGAGUACCGUGAUUGGGUAAAGACUAUUGACACCGACGGAGAUGGAGCCGUGAGCGUCCAGGAAUUUUUCGUCUUGGUGGAAAAGGAAAUUAAGCCGUACAUUUUCAAGCAGUUUGACAAGGACGGUAGCGGCUACAUCACCAAGGACGAACUCCGUCAGGGCAUGGCUGCGGAGGGCAGGGAGGUGACUGACGAAGAGCUGGAUCUGGCGCUGAAGGAAAUGGAUACUGAUAAAGAUGGAAAGAUCAACUAUGAAGAGUUCGCUAAGUCGAUCAAUAUGUAGAACCAAACAGAGGACGAGGAGGAAGACUGAGAGCAGCCCCGCAUUCUCUCAAUGAUUCGAAGAAGUUACUUUCAAGCAUCCACGAAUAGUUUUAGGUGUUGUGGCUGUAUUAGUUUCAGCCACAACCAAGGUGUUUGGGAAUUGUUAUAACACUGUUAUGGAAUAAGAUACAAGUAGUAAGGAUAUCAUGUUUACAAUCACUUUUUUGCUGUUUCUUAACUAAUGAGCUAAUAUCGAUAUCGUGCUCUUAGAUCUAGAAGUAAACGGUUUUGUUGUAUUCUACGAAGCUACGAGAUAAACACUUAUUUGUUAACGACUGGUUUGAUAAUUGUGAUGGCAACUAUUAAUGUAUUGUGUGUGUCAGGGUCAACUUUGAUGCUUUGAAUAAAAUGGUU